AUGGUUAAGCCGGUGGAGGUGCUGAUGAAGCGUCGCGCGUAUCUUGAGCGUACUAUAGACUACCUUUUUGUACUACCUGUUGAUCUGUGGAAUAAGGCCCGCGAAAAUUUGCCACAGAUCUGGAUCGAGGUUUCUUACUUGCAAAAGAAUUUGUCCAGCUUGGAGUUCUUAUCUAGAGCCGAUGAAGACACGCUGAAAGAAGUCAGAGUUACAGGCAUCACUCAGGGCAUGAACGAAUGUGGUAGUGCUUGUGACAAGUUCAUCAGGCAGCUGACUAGGUGGACGGAGAAAGGUGUGGACAGCUUUACUGGGAAGCUGAAGUUCAAACUACACAGUGCGCAGAUCGAAAAGAACAGGACUAGGCUCUGGGCCACGGCGAGGAUGUUGGACAUGACUGUCGGUAUAUUGACACUGAAGCUGGUUCAUAAAUCCGUGGCCGAACGUGCUGUUGAGAUGUCCACCCUCAAGCAAGCAGUUGUUGACUGGAAGCUUCAGGCUGAGCAGGAGCGAGAGCGGAUUUCAGUGGGUUUAAAGGCAAUAGGUGAGUCUGAGGGCAGCGGAGUGUUCGAUGAGCUUGACGAAGAAGAAAGUGUGCUGAAGAGCUUUGUCAAGCAAAGCGAUCAAACAGUAGAGCAGCUCCGAGCGAUCAAGCUGAAAGAGUCAAUCACUCAUAUCAAGGUUGAUGAGGAAUCCGUAGCUAGGCUUGGAAUGCCAGCUACUGUUGUGGAUAAGGUGUCCGAGCAGACAAUCUCCAAUUUGGAUAUCGGAAAGAAAUCAAACGUCGCGGCAGGCAUUUGGGAAGGGAAAGUUGAGAUUUAG